AUGGGCUCCACUAUCCAAGAUACCUUCCCUCUCACUAUUCCGGAAUGGAGAGAGGCUCAAGAAGCUGGGGACGGCCUUAGCCGACUCUUGUCGGUUCGUGAGUCCGAGGCCACUUUAAACUCCAACGCCUGGAUAGCACUGGCCACACCGUCCCAAAUCGAGCAUCAAUGGGCUCACGCUGAAUCCUUACGUUUAUCUGGUGCUUCCCUGCCACUCUUCGGCGUCCCCUUCGCGGCCAAGGACAAUAUUGAUGUCGCCAGCUUCCCCACAACUGCCGCGUGCCCCAGCUUUGCCAAUGGCCCCGUGGACCAGGAUGCCGCAAUCAUCGCCCGUCUCAAGGCUGCCGGCGCCAUCAUGCUCGGCAAGACAAACCUCGACCAAUUCGCUACAGGCCUUGUCGGCACUAGAUCACCGUAUGGCCCAGUGAGUAACUCCUUUGAUCCCGCCAGAGUCAGCGGCGGCUCGAGUUCCGGCAGUUCUGUCGUCGUUGCGAGGGGCGUCGUCCCUUUCUCCCUUGGUACAGACACGGCUGGCAGCGGCCGUGUUCCCGCCGGUCUGAAUAACAUCGUGGGAGUGAAGCCUACUAGAGGUGCCUUGAGCACGACCGGGGUAUUGCCCGCAUGCCGCAGCCUCGACUGUGUGUCCAUUUUUGCACUCACAGUCGAAGAUGCCGAGACGGUCUUGGCUGCGGCCGAGGGCUUCGACCCCAAAGACUUCUUCUCAAGGGCACGGCCGGAUACCCCAAGUAUAGUCGAGGGACAUCGCAUGGCGGUCUGCGACAACCCUCCAUGGUUCGGCAAGACUGAGCAGUCUGCGGCCUACGCAAAGGCCCUGGAGAAAGCCGAAACCCUCGGUUGGACACUUGAGCCCGAGGACUUCUCUCCGCUCUUCAAACUCGCCAGCUUGCUUUAUGAGGGUCCCUGGGUUGCGGAACGCUACGCCGCUAUCAGAGACUUCAUCGAGGCAGACGGAGACAAGAUGGACCCCACCGUCCGGGAGAUCAUCCUGAAAGCCAAAGACUUUAACGCCGCAGACCUUUUUGCGUCAGAAUACCUACGUCAGGAGCUGACGCGCAAGAUCAAGAACCAAUUUGGUGGCUUUGACGCCAUCCUGGUUCCCACUUCUCCCACUUUCCCUACCAUUGAGGAUCUUGCCAGGGAGCCGAUCAAGGAGAACGCCUAUCUUGGCACAUACACCAACUUUGUCAACUUCAUGGACUGGACCGCGCUGGCGAUCCCUGCCGGCUUCAGAUCCGAUGGACUACCCUUUGGCAUCACCUUGAUCUCAUUCACGUGGGACGAACCAAAGCUGCUUUCACUGGCAAGGGAAUGGCUUUGCACAAGUCCCCGGCCGCUCGGGGCAACCAAAAUUGAAAGAAUCGAUACACGGGAAUCUGGCGCCAUCGCAGCGGGCGAGCCAAAGAAGACUCGUCUUGUGGUGGUAGGUGCUCACCUGACAGGGUUCCCUUUGAAUAAAGACCUGACGUCUCGUGGAGGAACACUAGAGACGGCCACAACGACAUCUCCAAACUACAAGUUUUAUAGUCUAAACAUCGGCGGCACGGUAAAGAAGCCGGGCCUGCAGCGUGUUCAAACCGGUGGCAGCGCCAUUCAGGUCGAAGUUUGGGGUAUACCCACGACGGAGGUCGGUAGCUUCCUGAAGACCGUGCCUUCGCCUCUCGGCAUUGGUUCCGUCGAGCUCGCUGACGGGAGCUGGGCUCCUGGUUUCAUUUGUGAGCCCUAUGGAUUGGACGGUGCUAUUGACAUCACCUCAUUCGGAGGCUGGCGUGCCUUCAUCAAAUCUCUAUCCCCCGAGGAUUUUCAGCUUGGCAGUAAUUCAAAGACUCGGGACAUCAAGACCGUCCUCAUCGCCAACCGUGGAGAGAUUGCCGUCCGAAUCAUCCAGACUUUGCAUUCCAUGGGCAUCAAGGCCGUUUCGAUCCACUCCUCUACCGAUGCCCGCUCACCUCACGUACGCAACGCCGAUGUGUCCCUUCCUCUUCAAGGUAACUCUGUCUCGGAAACCUACCUCAAUGGCUCGCAGAUCAUCUCUCUCGCAAAAGGCGCAGGCGCCGAUGCCAUCAUUCCGGGGUAUGGCUUCUUGGCAGAGAAUGCCAAUUUCGCUUCAGCUGUCGAGGCUGAAGGCAUGGUCUGGGUCGGGCCGACCGCUGACCAGAUGCGGCAACUCGGCUUAAAGCACCUCGCUCGUGAUGUUGCCAUUGGAGCAGGUGUCCCUGUUGUGCCUGGCAGCAAGCACCUCCUCAAGAGCGCCGAAGAGGCUCUCACCGAGGCAGGCCGUAUCAAUUAUCCCGUGAUGCUGAAGAGUACCGCGGGUGGUGGUGGUAUUGGCCUCAAGCGCUGUGAUGAUGCUGCAUCACUUAUCGAGGCCUUUGAGAGCGUUCAGAGGUUGGCGCAGGCCAACUUUGGCGACGCUAGAGUCUUUGUGGAGCACUUCAUUGAGCAUGCUCGUCAUAUCGAGGUACAAGUCAUUGGCGACGGAGAGGGCAACGUCACGUCUGCCGGUGAGCGAGAUUGUUCCUUGCAACGACGGAAUCAGAAAGUGAUUGAGGAGAGCCCUGCCACCUUUGUACCUCUCGAUGUGCGUAAAAGGAUGCGCAAGGCCGCUGUCGACCUCGCCUCCGCCGUCAAAUACCGCAACGUCGGCACCGUCGAGUUCAUCUACGACAUUGACACCUCGAAAUUUUACUUCCUCGAGGUCAAUACCCGGCUACAAGUUGAGCACCCCGUCACGGAGUCCGUGACAGGCCUUGAUCUGGUUGAGUGCAUGAUCCGUGUGGCAUCUGGCGACAGCAAAGACAUCUUCGCCAAGCCCGAAGGGUUCGAGAUCAAAGGUGCCGCGGUCGAGGUGCGCGUCUACGCGGAGAGUCCGCUCCAGAACUUCCGCCCCUCCCCAGGCCGCCUGCUGGAUGUCUCUCUCCCUGACGGGGUACGCGUCGAUACAUGGGUUGAGCCCGGGAUGGAGAUUUCAUCGACCUACGACCCCCUCGUGGCGAAGAUAAUUGCCACGGGCCAGGACCGACCAGCAGCGAUCGCCAAGCUCGCUGAAGCUCUGGAGAAGACGGUCAUCACUGGCGUUGAGACCAAUCUGAACUACGUCCGCCACAUUGUCGCGUCGGAGAUAUUCAGUUCUGGUACCUUCACCACGACGUCCCUCAACACCUUUACGUUUGAGUCUUCCGUCUUUGAGGUCGUUGAUCCGGGCACCCUCACCGUUGUCCAAGACUACCCGGGGCGUAAGGGGUUAUGGCACGUGGGCGUCCCACCGUCCGGGCCCUUUGACGACUACUCCUUUAGGCUCGCAAACAGACUGGUCGGAAACGACUCGCGCGCCGCCGGGCUUGAGUGUACCAUUCACGGUCCCAGCCUUCUCUUCCACUGCGACGCCGUCGUAGCUGUCACCGGUGCUACCGCCGAAGUUAGAAUCGACAAGGAGUCCGUCCCGCAGAACUCCGUCUUUCCUAUUCAAAAGGGCCAGACGCUGGUCAUUGGUGGCGCAACAUCCGGGUAUCGCAGCUACCUCGCUAUCCGCGGCGGCAUCGCCGUCCCCGAGAUCUUCAACUCUCGCUCGACCUUUGCGCUGGGCCAGGUCGGAGGCCACAACGGACGGAACCUCCGCUCCGGUGAUCUCCUCCCCGUGGGAAACCUGACCGUCACCGCCCCAUCUACCGCCUCCGGCCCGGCAACUCCCAUCCCGUCCGACCCGGCCAACGCGAACUGGUCCAUCGGCGUCGUCCCCGGACAGCACUCGUCACCCGAGCACUUCACAGAGCAGGGCUUCAACACGCUCUUCUCCGGCGAGUGGAUCGUCCACUACAACAGCAACCGUGUCGGCAUCCGCCUUGACGGCCCAAAACCGCAGUGGGCCCGGCAAACCGGCGGCGAAGCCGGCCUGCACCCGUCCAACAUCCACGACAGCCCCUACUCGGUCGGCAGCGUCAGCUUCACCGGCGACGAGGCGGUCAUCCUGACCUGCGACGGGCCCAGCCUUGGUGGCUUCGUCGUCUUCUGCGUCGUCGCCUCGGCCGAGAUGUGGAAGCUAGGCCAGCUCCGCCCGGGCGACAGGGUCAAGCUCCAGCCCAUCAGCGUCGACAACGCCCUCUUCCUUGAGUCCGCCCUCAGACGUUCCAUAGCUGAUCUCACGCCCCUGGCAGUGGACGUCACCCCGCUAUCCAACAGCCCGACGACACCAGACUCGAACCCUCUCCUGGGCGAUAUCGGCAGCGCAGGCCGCCGCAUCGCCGUCCGCCAGGCCGGCGACAACGCGAUGCUCCUGGAAUUCGGCACGGACGAUGUCUUCUCCCUCCGCCAAAGUUUCCAAAUCUUCUCCUUCAUCGCCCGCCACAAAACAAACCCCAUCCCAGACGUCCGUGAGCUCUCCCCUGGCGUCCGCACCCUGCACGUACAAUACACGCCCCAAACACCACCACCCACAAUCCUCUCCGCCCUCCGCGCCCAUGAGGCCUCCCUCCUCGACGACGAGACGAUCCUCCCCACCUCUAUCCCCUCCCGCACCUUCCACCUCCCCCUCGCCUUCGACGACAGCAUCUCCCGCGCCGCCGUCGCCCGCUACGCCGCCACCAUCCGCGCCACCGCCCCCUGGCUCCCUAGCAACGUCGACUUCCUCCGCCACCUCAACGCCCUUCCCUCCCGCGCCGAUGUCGAGCGCAUCUUCCUCGACGCCACUUUCCUCGUCCUCGGCCUCGGCGACGUGUUUCUCGGCUCCCCCUGCGCCGUGCCCCUCGACCCGCGCCAUCGCCUCUUUGGCACGAAAUAUAACCCCUCGCGCUCCUUUACGCCGCGCGGCGCUGUGGGUAUUGGGGGCCAGUAUAUGUGCAUCUACGGCAUGGACUCGCCGGGAGGGUACCAGCUGGUCGGCCGCACGGUUCCGAUCUGGGAUGAUGUUGCCGCCUCCGCUGUCGUGUCGCGCUGCCGUGGCGGCGGCAACGGAAAAGCCGAAGCUGCCGCAGAGCCGUGGAUGUUUCGCCUUUUUGAUAGGAUAUCCUACUAUCCCAUCCCAGAAACCGACCUCGACGCCGCCAUAGCACAGGGCCGGGUGUCAGACCUCGUCCGCAUCGUGGAGGGGAGCCUCGACCUGGAAGAGUACGAGUCCUGGCUUGCGGCCAACGAAGCCGACAUUGAAGCCACGCGCCGACUCCGCGCCAAGGCGAUUCGUAACGUGCCGUUCAUGGAGGAGCUGCUUCAGCCGUAUCAUCCGCCCGAGAGCGAGCGGCAUGGCGUCUUUGGUGAGGGAGAGGAGGGAGACGGCGGUAGCGGCGUGGCGGGGGAGAGAAUCAAGGCGCAGAUGCCGGGCCGGUGCUGGAAGUGCGAGGUGCGGGCCGGCGACGAGGUCGAGGUGGGCGACGCGCUGGUGUGGAUUGAGUCGAAUAAGAUGGAGAUCAAGAUUGGGAGUCCGGUAAAGGGGAGGGUUGUCAAGAUGUUGGUUGCCGAGGGGGAUGUUGUUGGACCGUUUGAUGAUUUGCUUGUUGUUGCGACUGAGUGA